UAGUAACGUUUAGUCGAUACAGGAAUUUUAUUCUAAUGAAACCGGUUAGUCUACAAGUCGAGAAAUUUUCUAUUCAAUAUAAAUUCGAAAAAAAAUACUAUUGAAAAAGUAGAAAAAAUAAUGUCCGAAGAUGAGUUGAUUGAUGAAGAGCCAUUAACUUGGUCUCCACCAGUUGAAAAUAUAGAAAAUAUUGUUGAAAUAAAACUAACUCAAAGUGAACAAAAAGCUCUAAACUGUACAGUAAAUAAAAAUAUAUUUUUAGAAUAUCCAUGGGCAUUUAUAAAUCGUUUCGAUGCAUUAAAAGUUGCUGGUACAUCAGGCUCAUCCUUAGAAAUUUACAAAGAUAAAAUAAAAAAUUAUAAAACCAGUGAUUUACUUAUUGGCUAUAAUUCCAAAGAAUUAUAUUCAAAUAAUUUUAUCAUUUGUCUUACUGAAGAAACAAAAAAACAAAUGAUCAAAAGAAAUUGUAAUAUUACUAAAAAUAUUCGUAAACACGUUAAAAACAUGUUGAUUAAAGAAAAAAAAAAUAAUAAAAUUGAUGAUAAAAACAAUUAUCAAGUAACUGAAAUAUUAAUAAAUCGUCCAUUCAUAGAAAUCGAAAUAAAUCAAAGUGUUAAAAAUAAUUUACUAACAAAUCGAAAUUCCGAUGAAUGUCGUGAUAGUUUUAUCGAAAUUUAUCCAUCGAAAAAUGAAAAAUUUGAUAAUAUUACAAUGAAAUUAAUAACAGAAUCAGUUCAAACAACUUUAUUAUCAAUUGAUAAAAAUACCCAAACUUAUUUUGGUUAUAAAAAAAAUAAAUGGACACAGUAUGAUGAUUUAAUUGACACAAAUAUUGAUGAAGGAAUCGAAAAACCUGAUGAUACUGAGAGACAAACUAAUAAAGACGAAAGUAGUUCAACAACAGGUCAAUCGGAAAUAGUAAAUGAAGAAAAAGAAGUUGUAGUUGUUAAUUAUAAUUCACAAAUAAAUAUGCAUACAGAUGAUAUUUUAAAUUUAGGUAGUUAUGAAAGCAAUUUUACUAAAAAAUUAGACAACAAUUGUUAUGAUUUAAUUGAAGAUAAUUGUUUAAUUAAUUUAGAAUUAACAAAUGGUAGAUUUAUAUCUGAUAUAUCUUGGCAUCCAAAUAUUUCUGGAAUAAUUGUAAUUUCAUAUGUUGAAAAUUCACGAAAUAUGAUGAUUAAAAAUACAAGAAAUUUAAUUCCUAAUUAUACAAGUGUCUGUGCUUUGGUGUGGUCAUUAUGUGAUUCUUUAAAACCAAAAAUUAUUCUUAAAGAUUACAGAGAAGUUCAAGUUAUCUCAUUUUGUCCAUCAAGACCAUCAGUGAUCAUUGGAGGUUGUACCAAUGGACAAAUUGUCAUGUGGGAUUUAAAUGAUCAACUUGAUAAUAUUAAUGAUCAAAUGAUUAAUCGAAUAUCUUCAACAGUUGAAUCUGAUAUUGAAAAAUCACAUUUACUAUCAAUAAGAUCAAUUGAAUGGUUACCAUCAUAUGUAAAGCUAGAUGAUAAUGGAAAAUUGGUAAAACUUGUUGAUACAAUAAGCAUGCAAUUCAUGACAGCAUCAGAAGAUGGAACAAUUUGUAUUUGGGAUCUCAAUUGGCAACAAAAUUUAUCACAAGUUAAAAAUAAUUUAAAAAAUAUUGUUACAAUUGCAAUGACUGUUAGUGAUAAUAUUGAAAGACUUGAUAAAAUAUUUUGUCCAAAUUAUUAUUUACAUGUUCAAUCAUCAACAAAAGAUCUAUAUAAUUCAAUUAUUUUACAUAUGUGUUUACCAUCAACAGAUUUAUAUGAUAAUUUAUCAUUAGAUUGUGAUGAAUUACCAAGACGUAUUUGGGUAUCAACAGUUAUUGGUGAAAUAUAUUUAAUAACUUGGCAAGGUCAAGAUUAUGAACCAGUUAAUUUUGAAAAUAUAAAUAUAAUUUGUAAAUCAUCAGUGAUACAUGAUGGUCCAAUUACAAAAAUAAUAAGAAAUAAAUUUAUAAGUAAUUUAUUAUUGACAAUUGGUGGACAUGUAUUUUCAAUUUGGAAUGAUGAAAAUCUUGUAUCAUUGUUAUGGCGUAAAUGUGAUGUUUAUUAUACUGAUUGUUGUUGGUCGAAUACACCUGGUGUAUUUAUUCUUUCACGACAAGAUGGUUACCUUGAAACUUGGGAUAUUUACUGUAAGACAUGUGAACCGGUCCAUGUACAAACUAUUUCUGGAAAGUUAAUAACGGGAUUGUAUACACAAGACACUUGGAACUUGUACUCCAAAUACAUUGGUGUAUGUGACUACAACGGUGCUUUUAAAAUUUAUAAAGAAACAAAAUAUUAUUGUAGUAAUAAUCAUGAUAGAAUUGAAUGGUUAAAAAAAUUUAUAAAACGUGAAAUUGAAAGGAAAAUGAAAUUUAUUAAAUGGCAGUUUGAUUAUUUAAAUAAUAAUCAAAUUGCAAUUGAAAGAAAAAAAAAAAGAAUUGAUGAUGAAGUUAAAAAAAAACAUCAAGAAGCACGUGAUAAAUUUAUUAAAGAACAAGAAGAAAUUUCAAGACUUAAAGCUGAUAAAAAAAUUAAAAAUAUUAAAAAAACAAAAGAUACAAUUAGAAAAUUAAAAAAUAUUGAAUUUUCUAAAACAAUAUUACUUGAUAAAAAAAAAUUUGAUCCAGUUAAAUUGGAUUUACUUAGAUUACCACUUGUUGAACAACAAAAUGAAAAAAUUUCUACUGAUAAUUCUUGGAUGAUUGAUUGA